AUUAUUGGAGAGAAUAAAUUGUAAAAAAUGGAGAGAAAUGGAGAAUUUAGAAACACUUCAAGUGAAAAUUGUAGUGAAAUCCAAAGCUUUGAAGUCAGUGUUAAGACUAAUGAUAAUGAUAAGGCCAAAGGAACAUUUAACAACCAGAUCCAGUUCUUACUGACAGCAUUAGGCUCUGCAGUGGGAUAUGGCAAUAUUUGGAGAUUCCCAUACAUGCUUUAUAAACACGGGGGAGGAGCCUUCUUUGUCCCGUACUUAUUUUGCUUGUUCUUUCUGAUCUUCCCAUUUUACUACAUGGAAGUGGCUUUUGGACAGAUGUACAAGAAGGCUCUUCAUAGAUAUUAUGACAGCAUCCACCCAAAACUGACAGGGUUGUCGAUCACUGUGGCUAUGAUAAACUUCUUCUUCGCUCUAUUCCAACUAUGCUUAAUAAGCUGGUGCUUUUCAUUCCUGAUAAACUCCUUCCAAGACCCGCUUCCAUGGGCUCCUAAGCUAGAUGAGGAUGGGAAUAUCUCUGAGUUUUCAAGUGACUACUUCAUAAAAGAGUUCUUGGAUAAAUCAGACAGUAUGUUUGACAUCCGUUCGUACAACCCAACGAUCAUGUUUUCUUCUAUCAUUAUGGUAGCCUUUGUGUUCUUUAGUCUAUACAGAGGCAUCCACUCAGCUAAAUAUUUGUCCUAUGUUAUCGUGCCUUUGCCUUACUUCAUCCUGGGAGUUAUGUUCGUCAAAGGAAUUACUCUCGAAGGAUUCUCUAGCGGUUGGGCCUACCUGUACAAGCCUGAUUGGUCAAAACUAUGAACUCUGUCGAUCUGGAGUGAUGCAGCUGGGCAGGCUUUUACUCAGCAGGACUUGCUCAAAACUCUGUUAUUAAGCUAGCAUCACAUAGAAAGGAUGAUAAGCCUUUGUUGAGCACUGCAGUGUUGUUGC